AUGGUAUCUUUAGAUGUCACCGAAACGUCCAAAUCCCUUGCCGUGGCCGGAGGGUAUGUUAGUAUAUUCGGAAUUUUCAGUUAUUUCGUCAAAGAGAAGCUUUUCAUGUCCGAAGCUCUCAUCGCUCUACUUGUAGGAAUCAUAACCGGCCCAAUCGCUCUGAGUUGGUUCGAUCCCUUUUCUUGGUCCGACGAUCAAUACUACCUCACACACCAGAUCACUCGGGUGGUCAUCGCAAUCCAAGUGUUGUUCACCGGAAUCGCAUUACCCAAAAGAUAUUUGAAGAGAGAAUGGUUAUCACUAGUCACGCUCUUAGGACCCAUCAUGACUACCGCUUGGUUCGUUUCUAGUCUUUUGAUAUGGGGUUUAAUCCCUGGUCUGACAUUCUUGGAAUCGCUGGUGAUCGGAGCAUGUGUGACGCCCACCGAUCCCGUGCUGAGUAAUGCUAUAUGCAAGGGUCGAUAUGCCGAGAAGAACGUCCCGCUUCACGUCAGAAAUAUCAUCGUAGCCGAAGCAGGUGCCAAUGACGGCUUGGGAUUCCCAUUCCUUUUCUUGGGACUGUAUCUAAUUUUGAUCCAUGAGCCUACUCAUCCUCGACAUUCAAUUGGAGGAGCGAUCGGUGAAUGGUUCUACAAUAUCCUGUUCUACCAAAUCAUACUAUCUUGUCUGAUUGGGGCCGCAGUAGGACUCAUAGCGAGGAAGUUAUUGAAAUUCGCUAAACAGAGGCAAUUGAUCGACCACGAAUCCUUCCUAUCCUUCGGGGUAGCUUUGACCUUCUUCACACUAGGUUGGGUAGGAAUGAUUGGUUCAGAUGAUAUUUUAUGCUGUUUUGUGGUCGGAAACUCCUUCACAUGGGAUGAUUGGUUCAGAUUGGAAACUGAGGAUGCUGGAUUUCAAGAUGUCAUUGAUCAGCUAUUAAACAGCGCAAUCUUCCUGUACGUCGGUGCGAUCAUUCCUUGGUCGGACUUCUCCAAAUACUCCUUAUCACCCUGGCGUCUGGUUGUCUUAGGCAUAUUGAUCAUGCUCCUCAGAAGAUUACCAUGGGUAUGGGCUCUAUCACGUUGGAUACCCGCUCUCAAGACCCAUCGGGAAAGUGUCUUCGCGGGAUUCUUCGGUCCUAUAGGUGUAGGAGCGGUCUUCUACGUCCAAGUCGCUCUUGACGUUAUUCCGGAAGACGGCACGAGAGGACACCUACGAGAGGUUUUGCUGCCCGUCGUGUAUUUUUUGGUAUUGACCAGUGUGGUCGUACAUGGAGUUACGAUUCCAAUUGGGAAGGGAGGAUUCAGACUGGCUAGAACAAUGACGAUGAGUGGAUCUAGGAAUGCGACUGGAGCGAAUGAAGGGAUGGUAUCGAGAUUACCACCACCUGUCGAAUUGCCUUCAAGAUCUCAAACGCAAUCUAUAUCCGUUUCAGGUCAUGAUGGUACACCGAUGCCUCUGCCUCUACAAGAUCACAAACUUGGUAGUCAACCUCCUCCUGAAUUCUCAGCUGAUCGCGAUAGAAUCCGAUUCGGGGAUCUCGACCCCGACUCUACGACAGCAGCAACAACGAUUGAUCAGAAAACACCUAUUGGAAUUUUAUCGAGAAGAAAUUCAAGUGAGAACGUGAGGGACACUGAUACCCAGGAGGCGAAGGCGAGUGAUGAUCGAUUGCCUGAAACGGAUGACACUAGCUCUAGACCUGGUUUAGAGGGGAGUCGCCCAAGUAGGAUUUGGGUGGAGGGUCAUGAUAUUGUAGAAGAGAGUGAAGAUGGUGAGACAGUCAGGGUCAUUCAUGGCGAUAAAGGUGAUCGGCAUGUGCAUACACACCAUAGGAACAAAGAUUGA